CUGAUUGGCCAGCUGGUCACGCAGAGGCACCGGAUUGGUCAGGAUGUGCUGUCGUCAGCGAACCAGGAACACGGUUAAAUUGUAUAAGUAACCUACGGUUUGCAAAAUGCCGAUAUCUCCUGUGAAAACCCGGAUCCCCCUCUCCAGCUUCGGUCAUCUCGUCACAGAGGUGAAGAAGCAGCUUUUUGGCAUCAAAGAUCCCUCGCCUGACCAGCUGACCGGUUGGAGGAAAUACUUCAACAGCUACACACAGCAGGGGCGCAGAAAUUUUGUCUUGGCUACUUAUGGGAUCUUGGUGAUCACGGCUGCCGCUUACCUGAUGCACAAACCAAACAAAGAUGGGAAGCAGACGUCUGCUUCCACUCACUGAAACCUCUCCUGUUCACUUAUUGUUAUUUAUUACUGUAGCCAACAAUCUGCCACCAAUCAGCUAUUAACUGAAUGUUGUGUCAUGUUAUUAAAAGCCACACCCGUUGCCUUUC